GGGGGUGUUUCGUUUUCUGGUGUAACUGUCUUCCUGUCGCUGUCACUGUGCGCUGUUGCCCCACCAGAUAUCCGGGUUUACUUCAAACUGGUUUGUUUGAUCAGUAGAAAUUGAGGUUGAACGGCCCAGUCUCAGCGUGACGGUGGGGCUAUUGAAGAGCGUAGCUAUCCGUGUUAUCCGGAGAGAAUAACGCUGACAUCUCGCAGCGCAUCUUAAACGCACCGAAGGCUGCUCCCGUGGCUAACUGGCAAUGUCACGGCGCAGCUCGAGACUCGUGACCACCGGCUACUACCAGGCUGAUGAUGAUGCCGCCAGUACUAGCUCCACCGGCUCCACAGGCCAGAUCUCCUACAGGGAGAGUCCCAUCAGGGUUUUCAAGAAGAAGACGGGGGGGCGCAAGGCGCCAUCAUCGCGCUAUGCGUCCACGGUCACCUCCGCUGAGUCUGUGGGCCAGUUCAGCGAGGAGGUAGCAGGGUACUGGGGACCCCUGAAAAAUAGCUCCUCCUCGUCCUCUGUGAGGAGCUCCAGCGUCGCCGGCCCCCUGCCGGCCUCCUCUGCCCUCCCCGGAGCGAGCAGUCUUGAUGUCCAAGAGCACUCGUCUGGAUACUCCUCCUCGGAGGAGGGAGUUUAUGGCCAGCGGUUUGGUUCUGCCCAGCCCUCCGCAAGACCGGAGAUCACGUUGAGCGACGCCAUGCACUCUCCAGCUCGAGCGGCUGCCAUGUUGUUCUGGUGGCUGGGGACGGCCUGGUACAGCCUCACCUCCGGCUGCUCGCUGUUGGACGUGUUCCUGCUCAGCAGACGGACUGCAGCCGUGACGAAGGCCAUCUUGCUUUUCUUUCUCUUCCUCUUCCUGGCAUUUGGCGUGUGGUACUGGUACCCCUACCUCCCUGACCUCCUCGCCUCCAGUGCUGGAAGAAGAGCUGGUCCCACCCACCACAAGCCCAGCUCCGCCAUCCUUCAGGAAGGAGCGGCGGCCCCUGACCUGUCGACGCUCCGGAACGAAAUCCACGCCCAGCUGGCGGAGCAAGAGACGCGCUGGCUGCUGCAGAAGGAGCAGACGAGGCAGGCGGAGGAGAAGAGGAGGCAGGAGGAUGAAGAGCAGAGGGAGAAUGUGCGGAGGGAGAUUUCAUUGUUAACGCAGGACAGACAAACGCUUCAUCAGCAGUUAGAGGUGCUGACGACCGAGCUGAGUGGCCUGAAGUCAUCGCUGAAGAGUGUGCAACAUGAGCAUCACAGUCGUCUGGGCCAGGAAACAGCCGGAAUAGACAAACACAUUAGCGACUUGAGGGCCGACGUCAGCUCUCUGUUUGAGACGACCGACUUGCUGAAACGGAAAGUGGAGUCCCAACAAGCAGUCAGUGCCAAGCUGAAGGAUGAGCUCACCCAGUGGCUACUGAAGCACCUGUCUGACGGCGGCGCAGCCGUCGUGCUCCGGCCUGAGCUGCAGGGGGCGCUGGAGAGCCUGGAGGGGAAGCUGCUGCAGAAGCUGGCAGAGGACCGGGAGCAGAAGAAACAGGACGCCUGGAGGAGCGUGGGGGAGACGCUGCAUGGGGAGGGUGUCGGUGCUGUCACCGUGCAGGACGUGCAGCAGAUCGUGUACAGAGCCCUGAGCCUGUACAGAGCGGACAGCAUCGGCAUGGCCGACUACGCCCUGGAGUCCUCAGGUGCCAGUGUGCUGAACACCCGCUGCUCAGCAACCUACCACACCCGCACGGCCUGCGUCAGCCUCUUCGGCGUGCCGCUGUGGUACCACUCGGAAAGUCCGCGCACCGUCAUCCAGCCGGACCUCUAUCCAGGGAAGUGCUGGGCCUUCCAGGGGAGUGAAGGCUUCCUGGUCAUCGCCCUGUCUUACCCCGUCCACAUUACCCAUGUCACCCUGGAGCACCUGCCCAAAGUUCUGUCCCCGACCGGACACAUUGACAGCGCCCCCCGCGAUUUCUCUGUCUACGGAAUGACAAGCGAGACUGAGGAGGGCACUCUCCUGGGAAAGUUCACGUACGAUCAGGACGGAGAGCCCAUCCAGACGUUCAAGCUGCUGAAACCUGUGGAGAAGGUGUAUCACAUGGUUGAGUUGCGCAUUCUCACUAACUGGGGUCACCCCGAGUACACGUGCGUGUACCGCUUCAGGGUACACGGAAAUCCCCCCAGCAAAUGAAGUGCCCCCACCCGCCUGAAAAAGGCAUGCCUCAAGCCCUGGGGCAGGUUGGAGAUCCACAAUCAAGUCACCAUUUUUCUAUGCAAAAAAAAAUGAAAGGGCGCGGUGUGGUUUAUGUAAAAGCUUGCAGGGUGCGUCUGAGCUUCGCCGUGCUACACACCCUCCAUCGGCAGGGUUUCCGCUUGGAUCUCGACACCAGGAAGCUGCCCGGGAGCUGGCUUUGCAAAAAAUAAGGCCUGAUAUUCCGCUCUGUCAUGCUGGACGUUGAAGGAGCACAAAAAAACUCAAGCAGACACACGAACGGAAGCAGGAUUAAAUACACAUACAAUCCUACCGAGGUUAAAAUAAUGCAAUUAAAUGUUUGGCAUGUUGCACUAUGAGAAAAUAUUUCCUUCGAUGUGUCAUUUUGGAGUCAAUCCAUUUGUUGCACUUGCUGUAUAUUUUGAGUCUGUGUCUGUAUAUACUUGUUAAUGACAAAGGGCUACUAGUCGUUUUGAAGAGUGGAAGGAUGUUUCCUGUUUUAUUUAAAAGCAUUUGUAUUCUUCUUUGUUUCUCAUCAGUUUCUUGCAGAGACUAUAGAUCAGUGAGAGUCACUCUUUUGCCUUGAAGUGUAAAUUCAGUAUUACAGUAUUACAGAGCUGUUAGAAGGUGGAACAGUUAGAAGGUUUACUUAUUCUACCCUGUGCAGCCUGGGAUAAGCUCCAGGCCCCCUUCAUCCUGUAAGGGGAGGGAAGAUGGUCUUUUGAAAUCGAUGCCUAUUUUCGGUCCGCUGAGCUCGUACACCCUGUCCCGUCAGCCACCGUCAUUCAGGGUGGCUUGACUCAGACGUUCCGAGUAGCUAGCUUGUUUUGUCCUGAAAUAGGGAGAACGCAGGUGAAGGAUUCCGGUGUGUUCUGGACGUGUGGUCCCAUCUCCCUGCAGGUCGAUGAGCUCCAUCCGGCGUCUCUCUGAGAGGUGGCCCAGAAAUCUCCUGCUCAGACGGACACGUCAGUGACAUUCUCUUAAAAGAAGGACUUCCAGUGUCUCUUUCUUCUGACUCUGUCUUAUGACUCGAGAUGUUUGUAGUCCGCCGUGCGUGUUGUGUAUGUUCAGUAUAGUGACACGCUCACUUCUAUAGGGCUGUGUGGUUUGACCUGUUUCUGCUCUACCUCUUCCAAACAAUAGUAGACACGCCACAGGGAGAGUGUCUGUAUGUCAAGAGGAAUAUACAUAAUUGUGUAAACGUCUUAGGCAGUAAAAGGAAAUGAUUUUUAGAUGAUCUUUAUGUUGGAGUAAAACUAUGAAUUUGUCUGUCGAAGUGUGUCAGCUUAGUCAUUUCAAAACCUCUCAAAGUACUGGCAGCGACCGUCCAGUUACCAUUAUUACACCAUUAUUUUAUAUACCACGUAUUUUUGACUCUGGUAGCUGUACCAGGUUUGGCUAAGCAACUACUAAAAUUAAUGAUCUGAGGUGGGGGGAUGAAAAUUAACAAAUACAUGGAAUGGCUGAGGUGCCCGUGAGGAGAGGUUUGGGAGCUGAAGUGGCGUUCAUCUAGCCAUCCAACUGUUUCUCAGUAGCUUUCUGGAGCAGAGAAGAAAUUCUUAGUUUUUUUUUUUUUUUGUGUUGUUAAUUUGCGUAUGGUCUAAUGUUGGUGUUUUUUUUCUGAGAAAAGAUACUUACUACCCAUGUACAUAACUUUAAACAUUUUUGACUGCCUGAAACUUUUGCACUGUACUGCAUAUAUGAUGACUGUUCUGAAAUUGCACUUUUGUUCCCCUUAAAAUAUUUUGUGCGCAAAUUGGGAAAACGUAGAUGUCUAAGGAAGCUUUAAUCGAUGCCAUGUGUUUCCUGUAGUAACCACUGUUAUUCUCAGUUGUCAGACUGCAGCCCCCACUGCACCGUGCAGGAUCAGGGUGUCAACUUGUCGCCUUAACUUUUACGGGGGGGGGUUCAAUCACAAGUGCUUAUCUCUCCUUGGUCACAAGUGAGAUCUAUGGUACGUUUCACUGGUAAUUCAUCUGCUCAUUAUUAUUGCUUUGUUAAAUAUUUAAGCUGUGUAAGCCAAGGGGACAAAUUGUCGUCUCAUUUGUGUCUUCAGUGAAUAAAAACAAGACUGUUUUUGAUUAA